AUGGAUUUCGGCAAGAAGAAAGAGCGCCAGACGGGCAUUAUCGAUGAUGAGACCGCUAUAGCGAUGGCGCAGCAGGGAAAGAAGAACGGAGGCAAAGGGAAGGGAAAGCAGAAGCAGUCGGGCUUCAAGCUUUCUGAUGCGCAGGACGCUGGAGUCUCGAAGCCGAAGCCAGCUCCCCGAAACAAAAAGAAUUCCAAGCCGAAGCUCGCUGCUGCUCCGUCCGCUAAGUCGCACUCACGCUUCUACGAAGAAGGCGGGCUCCGAAUUCCGCUCUACGACCAAAAGGGAAAGAAGAAGACCAACGCAAGAGAUGGGAGAUCGCUCGCGCAGAAGACAUCGAAAGCUGACCUUCUCAAGAUCGUAAAAGAGUACGCCGGCGGGGCAAAAGCCGAAGAGUUCCGCAACGCGAAUGCUUCAAGAAACCAAAUCGGGGCUUGGGUCCAAUACGUGGAGACGCAAGCUUUGGGCAAGGGACCUGCCAAUGAGAAGGAGCGAGAGAAAGCUGAUCCAGCGGCAAACACCAAGCCGAUCGCUUUGGAUGCCGCGGAGCAGAAUAGCAAGCGGAAGCGCGACAACGAACAGGCGCCAACACUGCCUCAACAAACGGCCAAGAAACAAAAAUUCGAAGUUCGCGAUGCGAAAGAAGGGGAACCAAUAGCUUCUCACGGUAAUGCUCGCUACCACCAAAAGAAGAAGAAAAUUUUCAAGCCGCAGGGUACAAAAGACGAGGAAGCUUCUUUGCAAUUCCUCACCUCUAUCAUGAUCGACUAUCUCACGAACGAACAAGACGACAUGGCUUCUACGGCAUCUCGAUCAGCUACCGCUCCCCCCAAGAUCGACAACAAACAUCUCAUGAAGGAACAUCCGCUUAUUCCAGCCCUUGAGCUGAAUCCUUCUCACAAUCAUCGCAAUCCGCUCUCUCCACCAUCAACACAAAUUCUCCACCAGCCCGCUCAGCGGUGCCACAUCAUCCUAACCGCUUCGUCAGACACCGCCGUCCACGAAACCACAAUUCCUUACCGUAAGGACCGCAACGCCGCCCCCUACUUCAAAAACAAACUCAAAUCAGACUCACCAACGGCCCCCUACCUCAAACCGGGCAAGCAUGGCUGGGACCACGAAAAUCACCGAUGGGGCUUCCAAGGUGACCCGGAUCUACUUACCGGAGUCGGGCAUCAGGUCGAUCCGCGAGAUGCGGAGCGGCUGAAGAGAGAGCAGAAGAAUGGCAAGGAUGUGGCUUGGUAUGCGGAGAAGUACCCUGGGCGUUUGGGGAAUCAGUACCCGUGUGGGUGCCAGUUGCCGUGGGAUGAUGAGGAUAGUGAGGAGGAGUGA